CAUGACAAGAUCCCGUUUUUAGUCUCUUGGAAAAUGUUACACUAUCUGCCUAUAGCGAGAUAAAGUAACUGUUAAGAUAACUCUGAGCCUCUGAGCAGCUAGCUUGUCUUUUGAUCAGACUGAUACAACCAGUCGAGCUGUGAUAACUAUCCCAUCGUGCUAAGUCAGAGUGUUUUAAAAUAACAGUGAAUAGAUAAACUGGAAUAUCAUGUAAGUCGGAAAAAUAGAAGAGAAGGGUAAAGUGUCUUCUUCUAUAUUAUCCCUAAAAUACCCUUAGAAGAGACAUGCGUAUACAUGUUGAGAGAAGAUCAAAGUGAUAUUCUAUUGCCAAAAUAGGUUCCAUGUAAAGCAAAAAAAGAAAAAAAAGAAAAAAAAGAAAAAACGUUGUUGGUGGUCAGAUAAAACGAACUAUCAAGAAUGCAAAUUGAUUCUGAGUCUGUGAAAGGUGACCACGGCCUAAUGGUAACCAACAGAAGCCAUGAUUAUGAAAGUAGUGGUGAGCAUGAUUGUACGAAUGUUAAGACUCAUCGCGCUGACUCGCUUGGUAAGGAAGGGGAUGCUGUAAAGAAUGUUAGUGAUGCCGAUGACAGAAGAGGUAUGCAAGAUGAGGCUGAUACGCCACAGAAGGCACAAAAUCAUACUGCAAAUCUUGCCGAGUCUCAAAAUCCUAUUAAAAUGAAUAUCAAUAGUAAUGAAUGUUCUCACCUGAAGAAGGUAACCAAAUCAACAACACCUAUUCCCUCCAGUACAAAGAAACCGCCGGAUGGAGGUUGGGGUUGGCUGGUGGCCUUUGGCAGCUUCAUCAUUACGAUGCUGGUGUUCUCCCUGGCUGUCUGUUUUGGCAUCCUCUUUUCUCCAUUCUUCCUGGAUCUUGGCACAUCCUCCACAACCAUUGCCUGGAUCUUCAACGUCCAAAUGUUUAUCUGGAAUUGCUUUAGUCCUUUCGUUAGACCCGCUGCCCAAGAGUUCGGCUGGAGAAGAGUUGGUUUCACUGGCGUGUUUUUUAUUUCUUCGUCGGUCAUCUGCUCUGCAUUUGCACCUUCGGCUGAGUUCCUCUUCUUCUCCUUCUCUCUUCUUAGUGGCAUCGGGUCAUGUAUGGCAGGUGGAUUAUGCUUCCUCGUUGUGCCCACCUACUUCGAUCGACGACGAGGAACAGCAAAUGCAAUGCUGAUGUCAGGAAUCUGCAUGGGGCAGAUAAUGGGCGCUCCGUUUAUCCGCUAUCUGCAGGACGAAUAUGCCUUCACAGGAGCUGCAUUGAUAUAUGGUGCUCUCAUCCUAAAUUGUUGCAUUGGUGUUUCCUUCUUCCAGCCUCUUAAAUGGCACUUAAAGGAAACAAAAGCCAUAGAAAAUGUUACCCCUGAGGACGGUUCAGUUCCCCUUCUAACAAAAGCAAAGAGCACCGAGAAGAAUCCCGUGGAAGAAGCUGGAUCCAAAGUCCUAACACAAGACAUGAAAACACAAGCAAGAAUCGUGAGAUCAAGAAUGCUAGCCAGGGUCAGCGAGUCAUCCCACGUUUCAAAAAGCUCGGAUAACAUGUCCCAAUUGUACGUCUCCCUGAUGGAAAUUCCCGAGGACACUGAGAAGGACACUAAAUCCUCUAAUCUCUGGGAACUCACAAAACGCGUCUGUUGCUCUACAGUGAAUGACCUCCGAAUCUACCGCUCGCGAAGAGCUCUGAUCAUUAACCUAGGAAUCGGGCUUUGCAUCAACAGUUACACCAAUUUCAUCAUGAUGAUUCCCUUCAUGAUGCAGGCGAAAGGAUUCACUUUGCAGGACUCGGCUUGGUGCAUAUCGGUCUUCGGCAUUUGCAAUUUAGUGACUCGGCUACUGGUGUCCCCACUAACUGACUGGUCGAAGUUCAACAUGCGCCUGUGUUUCAUGAUGGGCUAUGCUAUUAUAUCUCUCACAAUGUUUGGUAAGAUUUAUGAACAACAUGAGGAUUUCUUUUGUCUUACUUGUAACUGCAAAAUAGCCGUCAAGAAUAUCAAUGGUAAACAUUUUCACAAAUUGGAGUACUUCAGUAUCGUUAUAUUGUUUACUACUUUCAUCUUUCAUCCUUCAUCUCUCUGAUUAUUCUUCAUUUGAUUGCGUACCUUUUAAUCGGUUUUGAUGGCAUGAAUAUAUUCCUUGCU